UCGUAAUUUUUGGCGCCAACGGAACAAGGGACUGCAUAUAUUCGCGAUUCACGAAAAAUAAUAGCAGAAUGCCGCCAAGGAGAGCAGUGAAACGGACGGCCGUGGAUCCCACAAAGGCGGACAAGCCUCCGAAGCAGAUCAAGCAGAAGCAAGAGAUAAGUGUGAGACCUGAUUUACGAUCACUUUCAACCAAUGGUGUUAUGCUCGUAUUUGGACAAGGUGAUUUUGGACAACUUGGAUUAGGAGAAGAUGUCACUGAAAAAAUGCGUCCAGCAGCCAUAUCCGAAUAUCAGGAUAUUAUAGCAAUAGCGGCUGGGGCUAUGCAUAAUGUAUGUUUGAGAAAGACAGGGGAAGUAAUGACUUUUGGAUGUAAUGAUGAGGGAGCGCUUGGACGAGACACAACCAAGGAAGGGUCGGAAACUGUACCAGGCACAGUAGAAUUGCCUGGUAAAGCUAUUCAAGUGACAGCAGGUGACUCACAUACCGCCGCAUUGUUAGAAGAUGGCAAAGUAUUUGCAUGGGGCACAUUUAGGGAUACACAUGGUUCUAUGGGGCUAACGGUUAAAGGAAAUGAACGAUUUCCUGUAGAAAUAUUACCUAAUGUUAAUGUUGUCAAAAUAGCAUCGGGUAAUGAUCAUUUAGUAUUACUUAGUGAAAAUGGACGUAUAUAUACCUGCGGACGCGGUGAACAAGGACAAUUAGGACGAGUAGCUGCACGAACAGCCAGUAGAAAUUCACGACAAGGAAUAGGUCUGCUACUGACUCCAGGCAUAGUUGAAUUCAAAAUAAGUAAGAAAUUGCAGUUUGAUGAUAUAUGGGCAGGACAUUUUUGUACAUUUGCCAAGGAGAAUCAAAAAGGGGACAUAUAUGUAUUUGGUCUAAAUAAUUUCCAUCAAAUUGGUUUAAAAAACAGUGAUAUCAAUUUUCAUCCACAAAUAUCAAAAACUUUUAAUGGUAAAAUAUGGACACAUAUCAGCAGUGGAGAACAUCAUACUAUAGCCUUAGAUGAUGCAGGACAAGUUUUUGUGAUGGGUCGCAAAGAAUAUGGUCGCCUUGGACUUGGACCUAAUUGCGCGGAUGCAGAGGAACUUACAUUAGUUCCUACUUUAAGCUCCACUAAAUGUAUUGAUGUAGGUGCAGGUAGCAGAGAAUCUUUUGCUGUCACGGAAUCAGGUGAAUUAUAUUCAUGGGGUAUGGGAACUAACGGAAAUCUUGGAACAGGAGAUGUAAAAGAUGUCGAUGAGCCAGUAUUAGUUAAAGGAAAGCAAUUAGAAGGUAAAACAGUAGUACGAGUCAGUGGUGGUGGUCAACAUACUUUGGCUUUGGCAACGACUCGUUUGGUAAAAGACAAAACUGCUGGUUAAUAUUAGAUGUCACAUUUAUCAAUAUAUAUGUGAUAUGAAUUUGACAAUUAACACAAUGAGAAAUAAAUUUAUUUUCAUCAUUCUCAUUAUUGAUCACUUCACAAAAUAGGACAAAAAUUAAGCAUUUGUUAUUAAGAUUUCAAUUGUUCCUACAAUUUAUAACACUUAAGUUUGUACAUUUUUCUUUAUCUUGCUGCCAUAAAUUGAACCAAAUCAUACAAUAAUUGAUAUAUAUUGAAAUUUGUUACAUUAUUUUUAUUACUUUUUAUUAUAUACAUGUAUUGCUAAGAAAUAAAUUUUUCUACUUGCAAAUUAAAAUUUGUCUGAAAGUACAUAUGAAUACUUUAGAUGGACAAAAUAUUAUAUU